GACCUAUUUCUCGGGCCAGGAGCAGCAGGUGCGUCUGAUCUACCAGGGCCAGCUGCUGCAGGACGACGGCCAGACUCUGGCGUCCCUGAACCUCGCCCACAACUGCGUCCUGCACUGCCACAUCUCGGCGGCGGGGGCCCGCGGCGCGGCGGGGGGGCCGCGGCCCGCCGACCAGGUGCAGGUGGCGCUGAACGUGGGCAGCCUCAUGGUGCCGGUCCUGGUCCUCAUGCUGUCCGUGCUGUGGUACUGCCAGAUCCAGUACCGGCAGUUCUUCACGGCGCCGGCCACGGCCUCGCUGGUCGGCGUCACCAUCUUCCUCAGCCUCGUGGCCUUCGGGGUCUACCGCCGCUAGCGCGCUCUGAUUGGCUGCUGCCUCCGGAGCCUACCGCCGCUAGCCGCGCUCUGAUUGGCUGCUGCUGACUGGACUCCAUUU